AUGGCUAAAAUGAGUCUUUCAUCCUACAUACUAAUACUAACCUUUUCUUUGUUUUCUCAAGGUAUUUUGCUUUCAGCAAAGUCCAUAAGAAAUUUAGAAGAUGACAUGGUAUUUAAUACAUUCAGACUGGGGAAAGCCUUCCAGAAGGAAGAUACUGCUGAAAAAUCAAUCAUUGUUCCUGCCCUGGAACAAUAUAAAAGUGAGGAGAGCAGUCUCAUGAAUGAAGAGGAAAACCGAAAUUCAAAGAAUGCAGGCUCUAAACAUAACUUUGUAAAUCAUGGUCUGCCACUGAAUCUGGCUAUAAAACCUUAUGUUGCACUAAAAGGAUCUGUAGCUGAGAAUGGAAUUCAGAAUACUGAAUCAACACAGGAAAAGAGAGAAAUUGGGGAUGAAGAAAACUCAGCUAAAUUUCCUAUAGGAAGGAGAGAUUUUGACAUGCUUAGGUGUAUGCUGGGAAGAGUCUACCGACCUUGCUGGCAAGUCUGA